GCGGUCAGAAAAACCAGAACCAGAACUUGGACUUGGAGCUGCAGCUGAAGUCGAGCGCCGUGCCGUUGGGCCAGAAGAAGCGGAGCUCGCAGGCGAGGCGCGUCCAGUGCCUGACGCCCACGAGCCCGGCCACCUUCCACCGCGUCCUCGCCUCCCCGUCCACGCCGAACGGCACCACGCCGUCGCGGAGCGCGGCCUCCAUGGCCGCGCUCCCGGGGCCGUCGAGCGGCGCUCCCUGUGCGCGCACCACGUAGCCCAGCGGCAGCGCGCCCUUCGCCGGCACGCCAAACGGGGCGGCGCGCAGCUUCGCGAGCACCGUGCCACCGAACGCGAGCCGCACCUCCAGGUCCGAGAAGGUCGCGCCGGAGUGCGCGUUGCCGUUCCGCGCCUCGACGACGAGCGACAGCUGCACGUUGUCGAGCGAGCCCUGCUGGUCGUACACGAGCGUGUCCAGCCGCGGCGACCGCACGACGAUGUACGGCGACCGGGGCCGCAGCAGCAGCACCACGAUCAGCACGGCCACCGCGGCCACCAGAACCACGACGGCCAGCACCGUGAGCACCACCGCCACCGCCCACUGCAGUGCGCCGGACCGGUGCGCCCUGACGCUGUACGGCUUCUGCUGCUGUGGGUGCAGCCGGGGCUGAUCUUGGUUGGACAUGGUGGCGAGCUAGAAAGCCAAGAAGCAGCUGCCGCAGCAUGCCAGCAUCAGGGAGAGGCGAGCGCAGGGCGGGGCCGGGCAAUUGAGCGUGGCGAUACCGUGCCAUGCCGUGCCGGCCACCUUAUGUGGGCGGCGAGUGGCGGCGACGUUGCGUUGCCCAGCGCGGGAGGAGUUCGCGCUGUGCCGGGCAAAGUGACACACGCCAUGGAUCCCCAGCCAUUUGUGAGGCUAUCAAUUGGACAGAUUGGUCUAAAGCUCCCUGGUGGAAAUGCUAGGACGGCGGCCCAGCUCUGUCACUGCGAAAUCCGGCUGGGAGGAUUCCCAGUCCAGAUAGCUCAUGUGCCCCUGAUCCAUUCUUCAGAGUUCAACCUUGAUCCCUUCACAAAUGUGGCGGUCUUCUCCCUCGACGAGUCUGACCUGAAGGCGCUGGCGACACCGGGGUGCUUCCGAGCUCCUCGGUCAUACCUUGAGGUUGUGGUGUACCUGGGCCGGUUUGGUGUGCAUUGCGGCAUCGCCGGAAGGAAGCGGCUGGUCGGGGUGUUCAGGGUGGAGGUCGGGUCGGAGUGGCACGAGGGGAAGCCUGUGCUGCUUCACCAUGGAUGGACAGGCAUUGGCAAGGGGGAGGCCAGGCCGGAGCUGCACUUGAGGGUGAAGCUGGAGGCUGACCCGCGGUACAUCUUCCAGUUCGACGACGAGAUCGUGCUGAAUCCGCAGGUUGUCCAGCUUCAUGGCAGCAGCAGGCAGCCCAUUUUCAGCUGCAAGUUCAUCCGCGACAAGCGGCCAUCUCAGACUGAUGCAUUGGGCGGGCAGUACUGGUCGAGCUCCGGCAGCGAGGAGAAGGACAUGGAGAUGAGGAGGGAGAGGAAGGGCUGGAAGGUGGUGAUCCACGACCUGUCCGGCUCCGCGGUCGCCGCCGCGUUCAUGGCCACCCCGUUCGUGCCGGCGCCGGGCUGCGACACGGUGGCGCGGUCCAACCCCGGCGCGUGGCUCAUCGUGCGCGCAGACACGACGGGGUCGUCGGAGAGCUGGCAGCCGUGGGGCCGGCUCGAGGCGUGGCGGGAGGCGGCGCCGGUGGCGAGCAAGGACACGGUGCGCCUGCGGUUGCACCUGCUCCCGGAACGCCAGGACGACUGCGUGCUCGUGUCGGAGGCGCCCCUGAGCAUCGACAAGGGCGGGGAGUUCUUCAUCGACAUGGACAGGCAGGCGCCGGCCGCCGCCGGCGCCCCCGCGGCGGAGCACUGCGCGGUGAGCCUGGGCGCCGCGUGCGUGGGCGGCGGGUUCGUGAUGAGCUGCAUGGUGCAAGGGGAGGCGAGGAAAAGCCGGCCGCUCGUUCAGCUCGCCGUGCGGCACGUCACGUGCAGGGAGGACGCCGCCAUGUUCGUCGCGCUCGCCGCGGCCGUCGACCUCAGCGUCAAGGCGUGCCGGCCGUUCCGGAGGAAGCCGGCCAAGAAGUACGGCUCGUCGUCUCCCGAUCCUCUCGAGCUCGACGCGUAGAAGCAGCUUGUGAAGCACCAAGAUUAGCAUCCAUGGCCACGGGAUCCAGCUAACUCUGUACAUUCACUUCCUUUCGAGAACUGGACUGAAUCGCUUGAAGUAAUCAAACGCCAAUCAUAGCUUGUGAAUU